UUUUAGGAGCCAUUUUGGAGUGAGUUCAGAAUUUUGGGAGUAUUUUGGAAGCUGAGAAGCCAGAGCACAGGGCAGCCCUCCCGGCACAGUCCCAGCCCCUGGCCAGAGCCCCCCAGCCAGCACAGCCCACCCCCCCUGCUGCUGCUGCUGCUGCUGCUGCUGCUGGAUGUGUCAGUGAAGUUUGGGCUCCUGUGUGUCUGUGCCUCCCCCUCCCACUCUCCCUCCCCCUGUAAUCGGCUUGCUGCAGAAGGUGGAGUCCGGCGUGCAGGGGGAGUCGCUGCUGCUGCUGCUGUUUGAUCUGCCUGUGCUCCACAUUCACACAUUUCAUUCCCACGGAUCCAACAUUACACGCCCCCCCUCCCCACUCGCAGAAAAACUGCCCACGCGUGGGUGAUCCCCUCUCCCCUUGGACUGGCACAGUGGCUGCAGAGGAUACAUUGCUGUGAAUGUGAAGGAAUGACCUCCGGCGGAUGGGAUUGUACCUGAGUGCGUUGCAUGGGCUGUGAGCCCCCCAGCUCCUGGGGAUAUGGGCGCUCUGGCGCUGACUUGUACUCUCUUCCUGGCAACUUUCUGUGCAGGCUCUGGACACAAUGAGGAGGAUCCUAGGGAAUGCAUAUACUACAACAUCAACUGGCAGAUUGAGAGAACAAACCGGAGUGGUGUGGAGAAGUGUGAUGGUGAGAAGGACAAGCGGCUUCACUGCUACGCGUCUUGGAGGAAUAACUCCGGUUACAUCGAGCUUGUGAAGAAAGGAUGUUGGUUAGAUGACUUCAACUGCUAUGACAGGACGCAGUGUGUGGCAAAAGAAGAAAACCCACAAGUAUUCUUCUGCUGUUGUGACGGGAACUACUGCAAUGAGAAAUUUACUCAUUUGCCUGACGUCGAAACGUUUAAUCCGAAGACUCAGCAAUCAUCCUCCGUGCUAAACAUACUAGUAUAUUCCCUGCUUCCUAUUGCUGGUCUGUCUAUGGCCAUUCUGCUGGCAUUCUGGAUGUACCGUCAUCGGAAGCCUCCCUAUGGUCAUGUGGACAUUAAUGAGGAUCCGGGCCCACCUCCGCCAUCGCCGUUGGUUGGACUGAAGCCUCUGCAGCUACUGGAAAUCAAGGCCCGGGGCCGAUUUGGCUGUGUUUGGAAAGCGAGGCUGAUAAACGAAUACGUAGCAGUGAAAAUCUUUCCCAUUCAGGACAAGCAAUCUUGGCAAAGCGAGAGAGAAAUAUUCAACACCCCUGGAAUGAAACAUGAAAAUCUCUUGCUGUUCAUCGCGGCUGAGAAGAGAGGGACAAACCUAGAGAUGGAACUGUGGCUCAUCACAGAGUUCCAUGAGAAGGGUUCCCUGACAGACUUUCUGAAAGGAAGCAUCAUAAACUGGAAUGAAUUGUGCCACAUAGCAGAGACGAUGUCUCGGGGGCUGGCAUACCUACACGAAGAUGUCCCACGUUUGAAAGGCGAAGGGCACAAGCCCGCAAUUGCUCACAGGGAUUUUAAAAGUAAAAACGUAUUGCUGAGAAAUGACCUGACAGCCAUCCUGGCAGACUUUGGGUUAGCAGUACGGUUUGAACCUGGAAAGCCUCCUGGAGAUACACAUGGACAGGUUGGAACAAGGCGUUAUAUGGCUCCAGAGGUGCUAGAGGGUGCAAUCAACUUCCAGCGUGAUUCCUUUCUCAGGAUAGACAUGUAUGCAAUGGGGCUUGUGCUCUGGGAGAUUGUGUCCAGAUGUACAGCUGCUGAUGGGCCUGUGGAUGAGUAUAUGUUGCCAUUUGAAGAAGAGAUCGGUCAGCAUCCAUCUUUGGAGGAUCUGCAGGAAGUUGUUGUACACAAGAAGAUGCGUCCCAUAUUCAAAGACCACUGGCUAAAACACCCUGGCUUGGCUCAGUUGUGUGUCACAAUUGAAGAGUGCUGGGAUCAUGAUGCGGAGGCACGACUCUCUGCUGGCUGUGUUGAGGAGCGUGUAUCUCAAAUCCGCAAAUUAGUGAAUGGCACUACCUCCGACUGCCUUGUUUCCAUUGUUACAUCUCACACCAAUGUGGACUUGCCACCCAAAGAGUCCAGUAUAUGAGUCAUUUAUUACAUUUGUCUUUCCAGACUCGGUUGAAAAUAGCGGAAAAACUAUAUAUAGAUAUAUAAAAAAGGAAAAUAGAAAAAAAACAACACACACAAAUGCAGCUGCUAUUUUAUCUUGACUUUUAUUUUUACUUUUUUUGUUUUUGUUUCCUUUUUUAUAUUUGGCUUCUUGGAGUGGGUGGGUGGGUUGGAUCAAUUUUACCAGCACGUUGUUCUAUUGUAUAUUUAAAGACGAAAAAAAGAAAAGAGAAAAAUAACAAACGAACAUCUCAGCAAGCAUUCAGGUGCCGACUUAUGAAUGCAGAAAGGUGAAAGUACUUCAGAACCUCAACAAACUCCUUUUUAGAUAUGCUAUAUUGGUUUCUCUUAAUGUGUGACCUUCUCAGAAGAGGACUCAUAGGAGACCACUUACAAAAAUGCUGCAAACUUUGUAGUAAGCUGAAGACUGUUACAUAAGGUACACCUUCCACAAACCAGAUUCCCUUCAACAACCGUAAUCACCUUCUAUUAUUACCUUCUGGACAUUAUACUCCAAAAACCGUCUGUUGUGUCUUUUACGGAUCUAACGGGUGUCUUUGUAACAUAUAGAGAAACAAGUAACGGAAUGUUCUCACGUUUGAGAGCUAAAUAUUUGGGAGGUUCUAUGUGUGGGCAGGGGCAGACUGUGGAUGCAAUUUGCAGCAUUCGGCAAAUGAUUUAUUGCUACAAAGCUACUUCUCAGGUACAUAUUAAUGAAGGGGAAGGAUGCUUUUCCAAUGCAGUGCAUUGCCGUAGGAAAUUGGUACAGAGAAAGAUAAGCCUGAUCAUCCACACACUACAAUGAAGUGUGAGGGGCAGCCCAACGUAUUUCUGUUGGCAGUUUAUAUUUUUAAGUGUACAGUAUAUAAUUUUAAAAUCAACUGCCUUGUUAGAUAACCAGGUGAUUUACAUCCACACCGACAGGUCAUAGGAUUAGCAGCCAUUAAAAGCUUUAACAACAAAUAUGUCCACUCAACAUAAGCUAACGUCCUUUUGACCUAGAUUGCUGUUCUGUCAGUGUUGCUAUAAGGUAUUCUUUCUCUGUACUGUAAAAUAAUAACCUAGCUUGGUGCAUAUUCAGCCACUAGAUUUGCCAGAACUUUGCUCAAGUCAUUGAAUGUUUCUGAUGCUGCUGAUUCAAUACUAGGAUACAUUUUUCAUCUGCAAAACAAGCAAUGUUUUUAAAAUACACAAGCAUUCAAUUUACGUGGCUUCCAUGAUUGAUCUUCUCAAGUGCUGGAUGACACUGCAGUUUAUUGCAGUGUGUGUAUCCAACAUGUGAAUGGGUCAAUUACAAAAAAAAAAUACAUUUAAAAAAAAAAAAAAAUUCAUGACCAUAGACCACCUCAAACCAGAAAUACCUCAGAAUUUUGUAUUUGUAUAAGUUUAUUAUAUAUUUUUAGUUGUGUUGUCUUGUAGUAAGUAUAUUUUAAUGUGAGUUGGCUUUUCUGACAAGGGAGUUUAAAAGAAAAAUUAAAAGAAAAAAAAUUCAAAUCCUUUUGGGAAAUGCUACCUUUUUUGUUUUUAUAAGAAAACCAUUGUAAAUAAUUGUACACAUUUGUAGAUUAACUGCCUAAAUAAGAUAUCUGGUUAUCAUUCACACACUUGUGAUAGCUAUUUCACUCUGUCCUUUUUUAAUACACAGUAAGCCUUUUUUUCCUUUUAAAAAACAAUGUAUUUCAUAAAGUUUUUUAUGAUUUUAUUUUGAAAGUCCACUUAUGACUUUUAUAUGACCCAAAAGCUUAUUGAGCAAGUGCUUACUUACUACAUUUUAAGGCAUCGGUGAUUUUUAUGUGUUUGUUAACGUGCCUUUUUUAAUUCACAAACACUGUUAGCAAAGGCCACUCAUUUUUGGUCCUUUUCUUUGACCGCACCUUGGAAAUGUAAGUUAAAGAUGUUAAAUUAUUUUUCACAAGAAAGGCUUACUGUCAGUUUUAUCUGAAUGAACUUUACUUCAGUUUUUUUCCCCCUUACUUAAACACAAAUGUCAGAAGCUUUAAUGUCCUUAGUAUAAGUGCCAUAUUUGAUUUAAUAGUCUUCUAUUACAGUGUAUGUCUUUUUAGACAUUAUGAUCAGCUGAUUAGAAUGUUACUGCAAAAAUGUGCAGUUUGUGCGCUGGGAUUUUUUGUUGUUUAAUGAUCCUGUAUUUUAUCAUCAUUUGAUCAUGAUGUAAAUUGUCUGCUAAUUUCUUUUAUAGAACAUAUUUUAUUAUCAUGCUAUAUAGCAAAAGGAAGAAAAGGAGAACUCUUACACCGAAAAUGUAUAAAGCAAGAGUUCUGUUUUUCCAAAGGGAAAUUACCUAGUGUAAUAUAAGGUCUAAUUUUAUGAUGCUAGUAUGACAAUUAGCAUAUAGGCUCUUUCAAAAAAACACAUAAACAUGACCGGAAAAAUAGGACUGUUGUGUAUCUAGUGUUUUUUAAUAUUUUAGAGUUUUUUUGUGUGUUUAGCUGGGCUUGUACUGCUAUAGAGAUGAACAUACAAAAUAUAACUUUCUAAAGUGUUUUCUUUUCUUUUUUUUUGGGGGGGGGGGGAAUCAUAAUAGCUGAAUAAAAGUGUAAGCAAAUUAAUGUGACAAUGUGCGAAAAUAACUAAAUAUUAUAUAGGAAACAACAGUGAGCCUUCACUAUAAUGUAUCACCAACUGACAUCAAUUUAAAAAAACAAAGGAUGUGCAUGCAAUUUUAUUUCAUUUUACUAAUGAAAUGUACACACAUGGUGCUAUGUUGUUGUAUCAUUGACAAAAUGGAAAGUUAAAUAUCACCAUUUACCAUAUUUAUUAUUUAGACAUAACCAGACAUUAUAAUUUGAAUACACCUUUGUUAAUCUCAGCUACUUAAACAUUACCUCUUAGAUUUAAUUUGUAACAAGAAAAUUAAUGGCUUCUUUUGUUUAUGCAUAGUAUUGUUUUACAGAAUAUUUUCAUGCAUAUUCUACUAUUUACAUGCAGCCAGUUAAUUUUAUUUCUUAGCAUAAUUUCACCAAUAUAACUACAAUAGAUUUAAUUUUGAUCAUUUUUCAGAGAAAAUACAUUUUGACAAAAAACACUAUUUAAGUAUUAUGUAUAAAGUUAACACACACUACAAUAUCAGAAGGGAUUUCUCACAAUAAGCUCUACAGUGCACAAUAAGCUCUACACUGCAUUGUGUGUUUCCCAAAACCAAGAAUCAAAAUAAUACGAUCAAAAGGGAUAUUUGUUGUUGCAUUAAAAUUAUAUGGAAAGUAUGAAGACAUUAAGCCUAUGUACUCAUUCUAAUUUGGAAAUUUUAAUCUAGAGAAAGUGGUGUGCUAUACAGAACAUGUUUUCUAGAAAUGCGCUUGCUGCACCAAUGUUACUACUAAUGUUUAGUAGUACUAAGUAUAGGUUAUAGCAGUGCUAUUGAAAAGCUUAUAUUAUAUAAUUCAACUUUACCUUUCCAAGGAGUGCUUGGAAAGUGUAAGAAAUAGUUCUACAGCAUUUUUAUAAUUAUCACUUUGGUACUUGGUUAUAAAUGUUCCGAACUGUUUAUAGAGUAUUUUAACCUAUGUAAUAAUAAGCACACUAUUAAGGUUAGCAUUACAAUUUGUUACUGUAACUCCAUCACUUCAAAUUGCCCUGGUAUUUAUAUUGAUGUUAAGCUAUUCACUUUCCCUUGAAAUAAUUGUCAUUGUUAACAGCAUUGUGUCUCCAUUGAUUUUUAAACUUUUUAACGUGACCUGUGUGUACAUUUCAGCCUAAAUUUGUUUGAUAUCUGUAUGUGAUUUUCUUCUAAAACAAAAUGUACAAACUUGAAAAAGUUGCUACAUUUUUUUUCAAAGUCUUACAGAACAAGUGUUAUGCUUCUUGAACCAAAAGUGGACACAUUAUGCAGUGUCACAGUCAAUUUGUAAUUUUAAGGACCCAAAAAGAUUUGCACUAUUAUCUACUGUAGGUAAAAUACCUUAAAAUGUAGAUGCCAGCAGUAAAUUUGUGACUGAAAUUUGUACAGACCUUUUUAAACCAAAAAUUAAGAAAAAAAAAUAGUGAUUGCUUCCAUAAGUUUUCAUACAUUUUUGUUUUUAUGACGUUAUAUAUUCUAUAUUGUCUUUCUCAGUAAAAUGAAAAUGAUCAUGUUUAAAUGAUGCUUCCUUCAAAAGUUAUUUUUAUAAAUAUCCAUAAAUAUUGGUACCCAGACAACUAUAACCAUUAAACAUUGCUCCCAUAGCUAACUCAAUCUUUAAGGCACAUUUAACUUCAAUGUAGUGCAUUUGAGAAACUUACGAUAUUCUAAUAAAAUGUAGAUUAUUUUUUUCUGAUGCUCUUCCUCCUUACUAUGUAAUACUAUGUUCAGUUCCUAUAGUUGCAUGCUAUCCGUUUUUCCUGGCCCCUAGUAGUAGUAGUAACAGUAGUGGCUUACACUCACAAAAAAUCCUAGCAAUUGAAUUAUUCAAGAGCAAAAUAGAUGUAUAUUUUCACACAUUCCAAAUUUUAAUUUAACUAUUUUCUGUGACUUAAAAUGAAUUUAGCAAAAGUGUUAACAUUAUGUGAUAUGAACUAUAAAUUAGGAUCUGGGGGAUUCAGCAAUAAAUUAACAAUGACAGCAGUGUGGAUUAUAAUAUUCAGAUGCAAUACAACAAAAAAUUUCUGUAUGUACUUUGAAAAAUUGUGUAGCAAUUACCUAAUGAAAGUGCAUUACCAUGUGAAUGUUGCUCUAUUCUGCAAAGUAAUUUUUUUUAAUGUAUCCAGAUAUUUUCUGAUAUCCAACUUUUUUUUUUUUUUAACACAUUCUGUAUAUCUCAUGGAUUAAUACAAGACCUCAGUCUUUUGCCAUUUCCUCUGUGAUGGAAUACUUUUUUUUUUUUUUACAUGUUUUAAAGAUAAACAAGAAUAUGUUUGUGCCUUUUUGUUUCACCAGGGAGGAACAAAACAACUGUGCAAAGCUUCUAAAUUAGUUUUUUGUUUUAUUUUAAUUUAUCUACAGUACAUAUAUUUUCUAGCAUUCUUGUCAUUCUUGAUUUAACUCUUGGGAUCCAGUGACUUUUGUAAACCAAUUACCUCAAAGCUCAUGUUGAACAGUGUUGGUAUACUGCCAUUUGAAAUAUAGAGGCCCCCAUGUGUAGAUUUCUUGAACGGUGUAUUAAAUUCUGAAGAAUGUGGAAAGACCAUUAUUCUUUUCCCCAAAUCAGAGUGAAAACUCUCCACUGGCAUUCAAUUGUUGCUCAAUACAGAUUUGAAGUGUACCAGUGACCACAUAUAUUUUAAGACAAUAUGUUUGUGUAUACACAUUUACAUAUAUAUGUACGUGUUUUUGUGCAUGUGUGUGUGUGUGUGUAUGUGUACACACGCACAUAAUUUGCCAACAGACAUCAAUGAAUAUGGCUGAAUACAAACAAGUGUGGGUUACAGUCAUAUAGGAAUUCAUUGUAAAAAGUGUGUAUGUGUGUGUGUGUGUGUAUAUAUAUAUAUAUAUAUAUACAUAUACACACACUUGGUGUCAGGUUCCCUAAAAAUAAGUACAUUUUGAAAAGCAAGGGCAUAAGGUCACUUUUAAUUUGCAAUCUAUGCAACUAAUUUAAAGUCUGAAUUUAAUGUAGAAUCAACAUUAAUAAGUGAAAAACAAGACAGCAUGGACAAUUGAAAUUUUAUUUGCAUUUGGAAACCUCAUAUAAUUUUAUUAUAGAACCAUGACUAGAUCAGUCAGUCACAGAGGUGGCUUUACAAUGUGCCAAAAAUAUAGAACAAUAUAAAAAAAAUAACAUUUCUGGCCACUAUUUGUUUCUCUUUUAAUUAGCCUUCUGCAUUAUAUAUGCUAUAGUAUUUUGUAAGAACACAUAAAGUACAUAAUGUGCUAAUGUUUUAUAUUCUUUGUUUUUAAACAGGCCUUAUUAUAUGAAUAUACAAUAAUAUAUUAUUGUGCAGGUAAAAUAGCCCAAAAAAGAUUUAAACAUAACAUUUUUGGGGGGUUUUAAUUACUGAAAUGCAGAAUUUUGUUAAUCAAAGAAUAUUAAAAUACAUUCCUUAUUUUAGAACUCUAGGAUUUGAAUUGUUUUAUUCCAGGUAUGUUUCCAUGCAGGUUUUUAAACUAAUUGUGUCCCAUGUCAUGUUGGUAUAAAACACAAUAGUUUUUAGCAUAGUCAGAGCUUUUCACUCACUGCUGUAUUUUUAUUAUAUAUUUUUUUGGGGGGGGGAAGUUGAGAGCAAGAUGGAAUGGCUGAGAUUAAUUAAACGUCCAUUUUAUUUUUCAGUGAAAAAUAACUUCUUUAUUAAAUCUUUCUGUAAGUAUAGCUAAAAGAAAAGUUGGCUUUGUCAGUGUUUGAGUAUGUGUCAAACGUUUGUGUACAUAGUGGAUCUUGGAUCCUUUUUUUGAAGAAUCCGGUCCAAGGGUAUUGUAAAGUCUCCAGUCACGGAGAAACAUUGUAAAGAUGCAAGAGUCUCCAUUAAGUAGCUAUGUCAAAAAGGCUUGUUCCUUAAAAAAAACUGUAAUCAUUAAUUUCUUAAUUUUAACUAUUGAUAAUCCGCACAAUACCAUUUUGAAAGAAAAACUACAUUUUACAUACAUCUGCUCCUAAAGAAAACGGGGUCUGUAUUACAAAUAUGUAAAUGUUCACUACCUAAAAGACUUUGGAGUGUUAUGCUUUUUUUAUUUUAAAGAGCAGGCCGGGGAAUAUGAUACAUUUUUAAAAAAAAAAUAUUCAGAAAAAUUAAUCAGCAAUGGUUCAGAUUAUUGUAUUACCUAGUCUGAUAAAAAAAAGUUUGUUUUGGUAUUUUCAUAUUGGAACCUCUUGUAUUUUGGUUUCUAAUUUUUCUACAAAUCAGCUUCAUCUGCAUACAAAUUUGCAUGUUUGAAAGUGUAGAUUGACUUCUGUUUUUCUUAUAACUUUCAGGAACUCUAUUUUUUCAGAUUAUAAGACUUAAUUAUUUAAUAUUUGUGGGACUGAGUGCCUAUUUGUGAAUAUAUUUACCAUUUAAUAUAAAAAAAAAGACUUACAAACAAUUGGAAAAUUUGUGGGCAUCUGGAAAAAAUUGUCUCCAACUACCUGUUGAUUAAAAAAAUAAAAAAGAAGAAAAAAUCUUUUUGGAACUUCUGAAAAAAUACUUCAAGGUUUUAAAAAAAAGUUAUUAAUAUUCUUUGUACAAAGAUUUUUUUUAAAUCUGUUUUUACAGAAAAAGUUCAAACAUUUGUUUUGUUAUCUAUAGUGAGCAGCUUGGAGAGAAGUCUUUGAUGGUCAAUUUUAAAGAAAAAAAAUAUAUAUUUUUUUUUAGUCCUUAGUCCCGGUUCAACAAAGUACCGUUUGAAUAUAAUGAGAAGUUAAAUCAUGUGUGUUAUAUUUCACUAUUGUAGCUAUAAAUAUAUGUAGCAAAGAUAGCUUAUACUACUGAUUUAACAUUCAUAAUGCUGAAAUAUCCUGAUUUAAAGAAUAUAUAUAUAAAUAUACACCAAUAUAUACAGUUGAGCCUGUUGCUGUAACCCAUUUUAAAUUGAUGGACUUUUAAUGGAUAUAUUUAUCUAUACCAAAUAAAGUGACUGUAUAAAUAGAUAUGUCCAUCUCUAAAGCACAUUUCAUUGCAUUACAGUUAAAUUAAGGUGUUUUUGUGAAAAUAAUGUAUCAUAGUUCAUACAUUUUCUGUGAAGCGUUGUCCCUUUUUACUGUAGUAAGCAUAGAAGAGGGAAAAGAAGUAAUGAGUUUGAGAUUAGAUUUGUUGAGUUUUGGUUUGACUGCUUUGAUUACAGUAUAUGCACUGGGUGCCAGGAUAAAUUGUCAUGAAUGUAGUAUUUACCCCGUGUAAAGCAGCCACACCAUAACCAAUAGGAGGAUGUUUUAGAAUGAAAUAUUUCAAGUUUAUCUUUUUUUGUAUAUGAAAAUAAAAAAUAAAUUACAGGUAAAUUCUGAA